GUUGCAUAUAAGAAAAGUCUGAGAAAUUGCUACUAAACCACACUAUGCUUUCGCACAAAAAAAAAAAAAAAAAAAAAACCACACUAUGCUAGUGCUGCCUGCAAAUUUAGGGUUUCUUAACGACGACGGCAACGCUUCUUCACUUUUCUUCUGAUUGCAUUCUCAGUAUCACCAGGUCUUAAGUUGUUCUUCUCAAAAUUACAUUCCUUUUCUCUAUAUGGCUUCUUCUCGGAAUUGGGUUUAUGAUGUCUUCCCGAGCUUCAGCGGAACAGAUGUCCGUCGGAAUUUCCUCAGCCACUUGCUCAAGGGGCUGCAUAAAUCCGUCAAUUCUUUCAGAGACCAAAACAUGGAGAGAAGCCAAUCACUCGAUCCCAUGCUUAAACAGGCGAUUAGGGAUUCUAGAAUUGCUCUGGUCGUGUUCUCAAAGAACUACGCCUCUUCAAGCUGGUGCCUUAAUGAGCUGUUGGAGAUUGUGAAAUGUAAGGAAGAGUUUGGUCAAAUGGUGAUUCCUAUUUUCUACUGUUUGGAUCCUUCCCAUGUGAGGCAUCAAGACGGUGACUUUGGAAAGAACUUUGAAGAGACUUGCGGGAGAAAUACAGAGGAAGAGAAAAUUCAAUGGGAGAAAGCGUUGACUGAUGUCGCAAAUCUCGCUGGGUUUGAUUCUGUGACCUGGGAUGACGAAGCAAAAAUGAUUGAAGAAAUAGCCAAUGAUGUUUCGGGUAAACUGCUUUCAACUUCAUCCACGGAUUCUGCUGAGAACUCUAUUGGCAUUGAAGAUCAUAUUGCAAAUAUGAGUGUCUUGUUGCAAUUGGAAGCUGAGGAAGUGAGAAUGGUUGGUAUAUGGGGUUCCUCGGGGAUUGGUAAGACUACCAUUGCAAGAGCUCUGUUUAACCAACUUUCUCGGCAUUUCCCAGUUAGCAAAUUCAUAGACAGAGCUUUUGUAUAUAAGAGUAGAGAAACUUACAAGGGCGCCAAUCCGGACGACCCGAACAUGAAGUUGCACUUGCAAGGAUGUUUCCUAUCGGAAAUUUUGGGGAAAAAAGACAUAAAGAUUGAUCAUUUAGGUGCACUGGGAGAGAGGCUAAAGCACCAGAAAACUCUCAUCAUCAUUGAUGAUUUGGAUGAUCUAGUGGUACUAGAUUCAUUGGUGGGUAAAACUAAUUGGUUUGGAUGUGGGAGCAGGAUCAUAGUGAUUACCAAUAAUAAGCAAUUCUUAAGGGCCCAUGGAAUUGAUCAUAUUUACGAAGUUAGUCUCCCUUCUAAAGAGCGCGCUCAAGAGAUGUUUUGUCAGUCUGCUUUCGGGGAAAACUCUCCACCUGAAGGUUUUGAGGAGCUCGUAGUUGAAAUUGCAUGGCUUGCUGGUAGUCUUCCUUUGGGUCUUACUGUUUUUGGUUCAGCUCUACGAGGAAGAAAAAAGGAGUACUGGGUGAAGAUGUUGCCAAGGCUUCAAAAUGAUCUAGAUGGCAAUAUUGAGGAGACAUUGAAAGUCAGCUAUGAUGCGAUAGGCAACGUAAAAGAUCAAGCGUUAUUCCGUCUUAUCGCAUGUCUUUUCAAUCACGUCAAAGUCAGAGACAUUGAAUUGUUGCUCGCAGAUAGUGGCUUAGAUGUAAAUAUUGCACUGGAAAACCUAGUUGAUAAGUCCCUUAUUCAUGUCAGAAAUGAUCAUGUGGAGAUGCACCGUUUGCUACAAGAAACGGGUAGAAAUAUUGUACGCUCACAGUCCACUGACAACCCAGGAGAACGAGAAUUUCUGGUGGAUUCAAACGAUAGUCGUACUGUACUCAGUGAAGGCAUUGGUACUCGAAAGGUGCUAGGAAUAUCAUUGGAUACAAGUAAGGUUAGUGAGUUUUGUGUACAUGAGAAUGCCUUCAAAGGGAUGGGUAAUCUCCUUUUCUUGGAUAUUUCCUCGAAGACUUUUAUAGAAGAAGAAGUCAAAGUGCAUUUACCGGAAAAAAUAAACUAUUAUUCCGUUCAACCCAAACAAUUGAUUUGGGAUAGAUUUCCACUGAAAUGUAUGCCUUAUACUUUUCUUCGAAACCUCGUCAAGCUCGAAAUGCAUGACAGCAAGCUAGAGAAGCUGUGGGAAGGAGCUAUGUCAUUUACAUGUCUAAAGGAAUUGGAUAUGUGGGCAUCUAAAUACCUGAAAGAAAUCCCAGAUCUUUCAAAGGCCACUAACAUUGAGAAACUUGACUUUGGACAUUGCUGGAGUUUGGUGGAGCUUCCUUCCUCUAUACGAAAUCUCAAUAAACUGUUGGAAUUGAAUAUGGAAUACUGCGGUGAAUUGGAGACUCUUCCUACGGGUUUCAACCUCAAAUCCCUGGACUACCUCAAUUUCAAUGAAUGCUGGAAGUUGAGGACUUUUCCUGAAUUCGCAACCAACAUCUCAAAUCUCAUUCUGGCAGAAACAUCUAUUGAAGAAUACCCUUCCAAUUUGUAUUUCAAGAAUGUCCGUGAGCUAAGCAUGGGGAAAGCGGAUAGUGAUGAGAAUAAAUGCCAAGGAGUGAAGCCCUUCAUGCCGAUGCUGUCUCCCACUUUGACCCUCUUGGAGCUCUGGAAUAUCCCAAAUUUAGUAGAGCUUUCGUCCUCAUUUCAGAAUCUCAAUAACCUUGAGAGGUUGGACAUUUGUUACUGCAGAAAUCUGGAGUCUCUACCCACCGGAAUCAACCUCGAAUCUCUCGUUUCCCUUAAUCUCUUUGGAUGCUCACGGUUGAAGCGCUUUCCUGAUAUCUCAACCAACAUCAAAUAUCUCGAUCUAGACCAAACUGGGAUUGAAGAGGUUCCUUGGCAGAUCGAGAACUUCUUUAACCUCACUAAGCUAACUAUGAAAGGUUGCCGCGAGCUAAAAUGUGUAUCCCUAAACAUUUUUAAACUCAAACAUCUUGGGGAAGUUAGCUUUUCCAAUUGCGGGGCAUUGACCAGAGUUGAUUUGAGUUGCUAUCCAAGUGGGGUGGAGAUGAUGAAGGCAGACAAUGCUGACAUAGUUUCUGAGGAGACCACCUCUUCUCUUCCUGAUAGUUGCGUCCUCAAUGUCAAUUUCAUGGAUUGCGUCAAUCUGGAUCGAGAACCUGUCCUUCACCAACAGUCGAUUAUUUUCAACUCCAUGAUAUUGCCAGGUGAAGAAGUGCCAUCAUAUUUCACUUACCGAACAUCUGACUCUCAACCAUUUGGAACGUCUUCCUCUCUGCCCAUCCCUCUACUUCCCACACAACUCUCUCAACCAUUCUUCAGAUUUAGGGUUUGUGCAGUGGUAAGUGCUUCCAAUGGAGUAUAUAUCGGGGUAUAUAGUCGGUUCAAAGGCAGAAUUGGGAACAAAUUUGAUUCCUUUGGUGAGCUACAUAAAUUCAUGGAAAUUGAGAAGGGUAUUCAUCUGUGUAUAUUUGACUGUCGUAUCCGUCUAUACAAAGAUAAUGUUCCUCUAUCUCAACUGAACUAUGAUCAUGUGGAUAUAAAUAUUCAUAUAACUAGUGGAGAUUGGAGAUCUACGGUCGUUUUAAAAGAAUGGGGUAUACGACUCUUAGAGGACUGUUCAUCAGCGGAGAACCGACUUGGUAAUCCAAACAGUACUCUUCCACAUGUUUGUGUAGAGGAUGAAGAAAAUUUGGUUAAUGGGACUGAACAAGGUGAUAGAGGUGAUGUAGUGACGGAGACAAGCAGUAAACAGAAUGAAGACGUUAUCCUUCUGCAACGAUCAGCUGAUUCCAUGUUCUCUAGGAUGUCAGGAAAAGAAAUGAUUUCAUAUUUCACUCAUCGCACUACUGGAACCUCUCUAACCAACAUACCUCUACCUCACACCUCUCCCUCGCAACCGUUCUUCAGAUUUAAAGCUUUCGCAGUGGUUGGUUGCAAAUCUUCUGGUCAGUUUUCAUAUUUUGUCACCCAUAUUUCUUGUCGAUUCAAAGAUGGAUUUGAGAAUCAACCACGUAGGCUUUAUAAAGCUGAGAAUGGUAACCACCUUGACAUAUAUGAGUGCUCUUUCCCUCUAUACCAAGGUAAUGCUUCUCCAGCUGAAAUGAACUAUGAUCGCGUGGAUAUACAGCUUCAUUUAAGGUAUAGAAGUGACUCUACGGUCAGAUUAAUAGUAUGGGGUAUACGCCUCAUCGAGGACUGUUCAUCAUCCGAGAACCAACUUGGUUAUCUAAAUACUCUGUAGCAUGUUCGUGAAGACAGUGAAACGGUGAGAGUGCCAAAAGUUCCAAGAGGCUCAAGACAUUGAGAUAGGCUAUGAGACUGAUCAGAGUGAAGAGCGUGGAUACAGAGUGAUGAUAUUGGUAUAGACAGUGAGACUGAUCAGUUUGAAGAGUGUGGAAAUAGUGAUAUAGGCCAUGAGAUUGAUCAGAGUGAAGAAUGUGAAGACAUGGACGAUACUGGUGGUAUAUGCAUUGGGAUUGAUCAGAGUGAAGAGCGAGGAGACAGUGAUGAAUAGUGAUAGUGGCAGUGAGACUGAUCACUUUGAAGAGUGCGAAGAUAGUGAUAUAGGCAAUGAGAUUGAUCAGAGUGACUAAUGAGAUUGAAUACAAUGAAGAGAGUAGAGACAGAGAGAACCAGUACACAAUGGCAGAUUAUGUGAAAAAGAAAUGAAUCUUUGAGAUACUUUUGUGGUGAUGGAAUGAGUAGUUUUGCUGCCGGUUCUAUGGAACAACAAGAAGAGCCCAAGAUUCCUCAUUGUCUCCCUAGCUAGACAGACAUUUUCAGGAAAGCUGGAGGAAGUCACUUUGAUGACCAAUGUUGGUUACGGAUCUGACAAGAUAUUAAUGUAAGAAUAAGAGGCUAUGGACAUGGUUUUUACUUGAGUGGUGGCGAUUAAGUCCAAAUCUAAAAGAGAUGAUUAAGUCAAGAUCCAGCAGAAAAGAGGAAACUUUCGUUAAGGUGUAUGACAACAGUGGUGCAAUUGCUAAUGUUUGUGAAUUGGUCUUUUUUCUUAUUAGGGAUAUAUAAUGAAGCAAGCAUGAUUGAAGAAAUCGCCAAGUCUUAAUCGGCUCACGUUAGGUGGUGGAAAGACGACGCAUUGCAAAAGUUUUGCAGGCUGACGAAAAAAGAGGAGAAUGGAGAUCAAUUGGAAGAGGUUCUUCUUAUUUGAUUGGUUAAUUUUUCUUUUCUUUCUAUAUUUAGAUAUACAUGGUGACACCCAUUAUUGUCCAAUUUGUCCCUUUUUUCUGUUUCUUUUGAGACCAUGUCUAUAUAUGAGAAUUGAGAAUCUUACAAUUAAAUAUUUUGAACUAAUAAGUCUUUUAUUUUGUUUCCAA